AGGGAGGUAAUACGGGUGUGCGAACACAAAAGACGGUUUUCAAUUUGGCGUUAGUCGUAAUGAGAAAAUAGCCCAUCGAGUUUAUCGUUACAGAAAGAACAUGAACAAACAGAUAGGGUCCGUUGAAUCGCGACGGGAGAUAGUGGUUUAGUUUACGCGUUUUUUCGAAGACAUGCCACACACUAGUCUGUUUACCCAAGUUGAUCCAGUUUUGGAAUUACGGAGAUAUAACAUGGCACCUUCAAUUACACGUGGAAAAGGUACAAAUCGCAUUAAAAGUGCCAAAAAUGAAUCAAUUAUGACAGGGAUUGGAAAAGAAAGACUUAAGUCGAGGGAGAGAAGUACAACUCUUGCUACCGUAUCUUCAAUUGCGGGUUACCAUGUUACAAAACAAUGGAGUCGCGAGGGAUCGAGUUUAAUCGGACAAUAUUCUUCUAAGAAAGUAAAUUUCUCCUCGAAGCCAUUACAGUUAUCUCGCUCAAAUGCAAAACCAGGUAACAGUUCGUCAAAGCCACGAGGAAAAGUUGGCGACAUUUCUUCGAAAAAUAAACUGCAAGCCGAUCGUUCAGGGCGAGCGACAGAAAUGAUAAAAGGCAAGCUGCCUACGACUGAAAAAAGACGAGCAAGUGAAACGCCAGCAUUGUUGAUGGUUACAUCAAGAAAAAGGUCGCUCUCUGUUCCUCCAGAUGGUAAAGAACAUUUCUCCAUUACAACAAUUGUGAAAGCAAGAAGCUUGGCAAUGAAAUGGCGAGGUCGCCAAAGAAAGCAAGGUCGAAAGCAAACCAUUUUGCCCACCAUAACUGAUGAUAGAUCAAAAUUUUCGCUUUGUGCCAAUGUAAAAUGCAGCCCUCAGUUCGAGGAGGUGAUCAAACUUUUAGAAGGCGAUCAAGGUGUGGAAGACGUUGGGAUUGACUUGAAAUCUCUACAGCUUAAGUGACACUGUUAAUUUUAUAAAAAUCUAAGAGACAUUUUUCACGGAUUCUACCAUCUAGAUGUACAACUAGGACGUUAUCGACUCCCUUUCGUCGAAAAAGAUACUGUGCGUGAUAUACUUCUGAAACGCGUUGGACAAAAACGAGAGGCGCUAAUGUCUUGAUGAACUCCAUUUCCAACGCAAAUUUGUAACAAGAAUGCAUUUACACGCAUUUGCGGAUCUCGGAGUAGCGGAACCUCCACUGACGUCGUAGAAGAGUAUUUCAUGAAUCGAAAUCCACGUCGCGUGUUGUUCACUGAUGCUAACUUUCGGUAGAAGCGCGGUUUACACUUACACACACAAACACACACGUAGCUCCGACAAGAAAAUCCUGAUGAUUUUUGCCUCUUACAGAAAAGAUGUUGCAUGGUGUGUUUUUAGCCAAAAAAAUUUAAUAUACAUUUCCAAUUGGUCAUCCAGCUAGUGGUAAAAUCGGUCUUUAAAUAUUAUUGAAAAUUUCUUCAGCUUGUACAAAUGUACAUUGUAACAUAUAGUAUUAAAAAAAGCUAGCUACUUAAAAAGUUUGGGAAAGGAAACCAAAACUACGGCCCGAUUUCAUAUAAUUUUUCAAAUGAAUCCAUUUCAACUGUAAAAUUAGCUAUUUCGGUUCUCGGAAUGGUAAAUUUGUUGGCUUGGAUGGGAACCAAUAUAUCACUAAACAUGAUUUUCUUUCCACGUUUAGGUGUCAAUUAGCGCAUAAAAGCGAUGUUAAGGUGGAAAUUUGCAUCUGAAACAAAGAAAGUAAACAAGAACGCGUAAUAGACGAGUGACUGACACAAGAAUGAAGCCUAAUUUUCUUGGUGAUCUGAU